AUGUGGGUUGUAGUAUGUACAGCAGAGAUUGGGGAUUGUGUGGAGUUAGAGACAGCAGAGAUUGGGGAUUGUGUGGAGUUAGAGACAGCAGAGAUUGGGGAUUGUGUGAAGUUACAGACAGCAGAGAUUGGGGAUUGUGUGGAGUUGGAGACAGCAGAGAUUGUGUGGAGUGACAGACAGCAGAGAUUGUGUGGAGUUACAGAUAGCAGAGAUUGGGGAUUGUGUGGAGUUAGAGACAGCAGAGAUUGGGGGAUUGUGUGGAUUACAGACAGCAGAGAUUGUGUGGAGUUAGAAACAACAGAGAUUGGGGAUUGUGUGGAGUCAGAGACAGCAGAGAUUGGGGAUUGUGUGGAUUUACAGACAGCAGAGAUUGGGGAUUGUGUGGAGUUAGAGACAGCAGAGAUUGGGGAUUGUGUGGAGUUAGAGACAGCAGAGAUUGGGGAUUGUGUGGAGUUAGAGAUUGGUGAUUGUGUGGAGUUAGAGACAGCAGAGAUUGGGAAUUGUGUGGAGUUAGAGACAGCAGAGAUUGGGGAUUGUGUGGAGUUACAGACAGCAGAGAUUGGGGAUUGUGUGGAGUUAGAGACAGCAGAGAUUGGGGAUUGUGUGGAGUUACAGACAGCAGAGAUUGUGUGGAGUUACAGACAGCAGAGAUUGUGUGGAGUUACAGACAGCAGAGAUUGGGGAUUGUGUGGAGUUAGAGACAGCAGAGAUUGGGGAUUGUGUGGAGUUAGAGACAGCAGAGAUUGGGGAUUGUGUGGAGUUAAAGAGACAGCAGAGAUUGGGGAUUGUGUGGAGUUACAGACAGCAGAGAUUUGGGAUUGUGUGGAGUUACAGACAGCAGAGAUUUGGGAUUGUGUGGAGUUACAGACAGCAGAGAUUGGGGAUUGUGUGGAGUUACAGACAGCAGAGAUUAUGUGGAGUUAG